UCAUGUAUCCCGUGUCCUGCAGGAUCUUUUGCUGGAAUUGGUGCAACUUUUUGUGCGACUUGUACUGUGGGCAAUUACUGUGUAGACGGUGUAGAGUUUGAAUGUCCAACCGGAACUUAUUCUGCUGGGAAUCAGACUGCUUGUUAUGAAUGUCCAGCUGGAUUUCGUUGUGGAUCCGUCGAUGCAUUACCUUCAGUUUGUAUCCCUGGCACAUUUUCAUCUGCUGGUAACAUCAAUUGUAUACCUUGUCCUGAAAAUCAAUGGUCGUUGAGUGGUGCGACAUCGUGCUUGGAUUGUGCGGAUGGGAUGUUUGCUAAUAAGACUCAGUGUAUUCCUUAUUGCCCAAGGGGAACGUAUUCAUCUUAUCAUUCUUCAACGUGUACAGCGUGUAAUCCUGGCAAGUACGCACCAAACAAUGCUUCAACGUGCUCCGCUUGUCCUCAAGGAUUUUCUUGUUCAAAUGGUUCUAGCAUUCCUGUAGCAUGUGCUGCGGGAACAUUCUCAGCAUCAAGUUUUAGCUCAUGCAGCAAGUGUCCAGAUGGCAUGUACUCCGCAAACAUAGCAACCUCAUGUAUGGGAUGUCCAUCUGGCAAAAAAUGCGUAGGGGGACUAGCCUUCGACUGCCCUCCUGGAACAUAUUCAAAAAGCUCUCACUUUUCCAUUGAAGGUUCAGCGUUCUGUACAGUGUGCCCUCCUGGAAGUGAAUGCCCCUGGGUGGGUAUGAGUUUCCCGUUGUUCUGUUCUGAGGGAACAUGGAGCGCUGAGAACAGCACAAGUUGUGCAGAAUGUCCCGCUGGUUCCAUGUGCAAAGAUUCUGCCUCAGAACCAGCCAUGUGUACAGAAGGAAGCUGGUCACUUGCAGGGUCUACAUUU